AUGCUAUCAACAGGGCACUCGCUUGAAUACCCGCGAGAUUACAAUGAAGAUCUAGGCACCACGCACGCAGAGCAGUGUUGUUUCAUCAAGAUCGCCGAUGAAUACAACCUUCCCGAGGAACGCAUCCACGAGGUCCUUCCGGCUAACACAGUGCUGUACACGACCAUGGAGCCAUGCAACGAAAGACUUAGCGGCAAUAUGACCUGCGCGACCAGGAUCUUGAGGCUUAGGAGCGCCAUCAAGACGGUCUACGUUAAAAUCAAAGAGCCAGGGACAUUUAUUCCGCACAAUGAUGGACAGCAAAGGUUGGAGGCAAACGGGGUCAAGGUCGUGUUCCCUGUUGAACAUUGGCAUGAUAGGAUCAUCAAGGUCUCAAUGACUGGACAUUGA